GGCUGUCCAGGCUCAAGGCCGGGCAGAGCAGCGCUGCCGUCACCAUGAUGGAAGUCAGCCGGCUCGGCGUGAGGCUGCAACGAUCACAUGUUUGAGUCACAGGAAACAUCAGGUUGACGCCGCGUGCGUUUGUGUUGUUCACCUGCCGUUUCUUUGUGCGGCCAUCUUAGUUGCGACAGCCUCUUGAAGAUGCGCUGCGGUGCUCCGGCAAGUUACACAAGCACUGAUUUGCAAGCAGCAACAGCUUCAACCUGCUCAAGAACAUUCCUGAUGGGGGAGCGGACGACUGCUUUGCUCUCUGACAACAAGGAAGUGAUCACACUCACAGUCAAAGCUUCAUUGGAAUGCUUUGUGUUAAAUAGGAAGAAGCUGAGCUUAUUUAAUCUGACUGCCUCUUGGGUUCGCACCAAUUGAUGACACAUUUGUUCACUUCCUGUAUUCAACAUGGAAGUAUCCAUCCAUGCAUCCACAAGGGGCUGCAGCCUAAACAGGGAAGCGCAGACUUCCCUCUCUGAGUGAGGACAGCCAGUAUAGAAAAUGGAUAGCUGGAUGGCAGAGGGCGUGCUGUCAUUGUUGUGUACCAGCCGGGGAAGUGGGCGGGGCUAAGAAGAAUAAAACAAACACCUUUCAAGAAGUCUUCAGGUAAAAACUCACUCAGCGGUGAAUGAUGUGGUUAAUCUCAACAAGGGCCUGACACCAACCACAGCUUUAAUGUGUUCCCUUACAUGAAGUGACAAAUUGAAGUAUCAUUCCAGACAUAUUUUCAGUACAAUGCAAUGGACCCCCCAGCAUCACGACGUGGACCACCACCCGCACGACCACGUCAAGCUCUCCAAAGACAGGAUUGUGUGACUGAGAAUACAAAUCAAUUGCACCUGUAUGAUUAUAUUGAUGUUGAGGAUAUUCCAGACAAGGAAAAUUCAGCCCUAUAUGAGAAGUACAUGCCUCGUCCCCAAUCCCAGUCUGUCGCUGCAAACCACCCCAAGACUGAUGGUAGUCCCAAAGAUGCUGUUGGUGAUGGAACAAAUAAGCCUCCACGAGCCCGUCGCCCACCCCCAGAGGUCCCAAACUCAAGUGUGCUUAGCAGGCGGGCGCCCCCUCCGGUAAUCCCCAGGAAGCAUACCCCACUCGGGCACCACAAGAUCACGUUCUCCUGUGACCUGAGUAAUCCUGUCCAAAAACUCACCCGCUCCAACACAAACGCUGAUGACGUGUACCCAUGGACCAUCAAACUGAUAGAUACUCCGCAGGGCAGCACCAGAACCAUGGCUGCAUUUUGUCAGGCAACAUCCAAUCUGAUGUCACGCUACCAAAACACACAAAGCGUUCACAACGUCGGCAUGGUUUGGGCGAGAGUUUUUGACAUCCACCCUGCGCUGCGGCUGCACGUCCAGCUCACAAUCAAUGUGGCAAUUGAAGAUGAAAGUAAUAAUCAGAUUGCCAUCCCCACUCCAGUGAAUAGGUCGGUGCAAAGCUUCAUUGCUAAAAUCGUUCAGCUGCUGGACCUCAUUCCCAAAACAAAUGGCCAUUAUGUUCUCAAGACGUGCAACUCUGAGGAGUAUCUCCACAAUGAGAAGCUGCUGGGCAUGCAUGAGAUCGUCCAAAGCCACUGCAAGUUCAACCUGGACCUUCCCCUUCGACUGCUCCACACCAGUAACCUCAAACACAGCCUGGCGAGGGAUGAUGGCGAAGACAAACCCACGGGUCAUCUGUACGAACCUGCGAGGCCCAUUUGCAUCUUCAACACGUGCAAGUUGAGUCUGCAAAAUGUGCUAACGAGCUACAGCAGAGAGGCGGCCAUGCUGAUGAGAAACAGACAGGCGGAGAACGUGAACGUGAACGUGCUGGUAACCAAAGUUCGCACCAUUACUGAACUCCUGUGUGGCCUCUCGAGUCGCGAGCUGGAGGACGCCAUCGGCAGGCUCAACAGAGUCAACGCCAUCCCCCUGAAUCACGAGGAAAUGUCUGAGUGUGAGAGUGCAUUGAAGGCACUGCACAAGGCGCUGAUAGCCGUCAUGCAGAUCUUUUUUGACAACAUCCCGUCCAACUUCAGACCCGAGGUGGUCACCGACAACACGCCGACUCGUGACGUGGAGAACAACAAAGCAAUCCUCCAGUUCAACAUGACCGCUCUCUACAAACUACAACCCACCUGGAUGACCAUUUACGACAGCUUCUCCAUGUCCUGUGAGCUGACGUACGGAGAGAGACAGAUCUGCUCGGCGGUUUUUUCGGAAAAUAUUAGCACCGCAUUAUGCUUUGACAGGAAAAUCCAGUGUAACCGCUUGAUGGUGUUUCCUGUGACGGUGAAUCAGUUGCCCUACGAGUGCAUGCUGACAUUUCAGCUCAUGGGCUCAAAGCGAGGGAAGAGCCCUGAGCUGUUGGCUUGGACUGUUCUUCCUCUUUACAGCAACAGAACCUUGGUAAGAGGGACCGUCCUGCUUAGUUUGUCCACAUCCGCCCUGCUUCACUCGCCUCCAUCUCCCGCCUUGUUUGACGGACACAGACGAGGACACGGCGUCAUCCUGCAGCUUGACUUUUCAGAUCAGGUGAAGUGGACGUAUCGGAGGCCGAUCGAGCUCCCCGGGUCCAUCUUAUUCUCUUCACCUUGUGAAGAAUUGGAAAAGAAAAUGUUACACGUUUCAAAGAAGAUUUGUGUUUGCUUUCUGUCAGAAUAUGAGAAGAGCUUCCUGUGGAGCAAACGUCACCAUGGCGACAAAGGAAGUACUUUCCUCCACCUGCUGCUUGGUGCAGCCCCCCGGUGGCAGCCUGAAGACCUGACAGAGAUCUAUACCAUCUUGGAGAACUGGGCCAUCCAUCUUCCUGAGGAGGCCCUCUUUCUUCUCACGGACAGUUUCCCUGACCAGACAGUACGAAGGACCGCCGUUGAGUAUUUUCAACAAAUACCAGAUGAUGAACUGGAGCAUUUCCUGCCGCAGUUAGUCCAGGCUAUGAAGGGUGAGUGGGAGCUGGAUGGACCUCUCGUCAUGCUGCUGUUGGAGAGAUCACUGAAGAGCAUCAGAAUUGCACAGCAGCUCUACUGGCUGCUGGAGGACGCUCGCACAGACGAGCACUACCAGAGCUGGUUCGGUAUGGUGCAGGCGGCCCUGCGCUACUGUUGUGGCCGGGCGUUGCGGGAGGAGCUGGAUCAGGAAACCCGCCUGGUGGCGGUGAUUGUGCAGAUGGCGGAGAAGAUUCGCACGUCGGAGAAGACGAGACGGAAGGCCAUUUUAAACAAAGAAAAGGGGAAGAUUGAUAAGUUCUUCAGUGAUGGGAGAAGCUGUUCUCUACCUUUAGAUGUUGCCGUCCGUAUAAAAGGAGUGGACCUGGAGGCGUGUAAGUUCUACAACUCCAAUACUUCUCCUCUGGGGUUGUCCUUUAUCUGUACUGACCCGCUGGCUACGAACAUCAACGUGAUCUGCAAGACAGGAGAUAGCAUACGCCAGGACAUGCUGGUACUUCAGAUGGUCCGCAUGAUGGACAGAGUGUGGCUCCAAGAGGGACUGGACUUGCGAAUGGUCACCUAUAGAUGUUUGUCCACCGGCCAAACGCAAGGCCUUAUAGAAGUGGUUCCUGAGGCGGUGACCUUGGGCAAGAUUCAGCAGGAGUGGGGUCUGGGCGGGACCCUUCGACAAGACACCCUGGAGAAGUGGUUCCACAUGUGGAACAAAACAAAGGAGGACUAUGACAAGGCUGUGAUGAACUUCAUUCACUCAUGUGCAGGUUGGUGCGUGGCCACCUUCAUCCUGGGGAUCUGCGACCGCCACAACGACAACAUCAUGCUGAAGCACAGCGGGCACAUGUUCCACAUAGACUUUGGCAAGAUCAUGGGCAAUGCGCAGAAGAUCGCAAACUUCAAAAGAGACCGAUCACCGUUCAUCUUCACAUCGGAGAUGCAGCACUUUAUCACGGGUGGCGGGCAGAAGCCUCAGCGCUUGCAUCGCUUUGUGGAACUCUGUUGCGAGGCUUAUAACAUCAUCAGAGGGCGAUCUGCCCUCGUACUCAGCCUGCUGGAGCUGAUGAUCAGUGCAGGAAUGCCGGAAAUGAAGGACUCAAACGACCUGCAGUACGUCCAGAACAACCUCAGACCUCACAACACAGACCUGGAGGCCACAUCCUACUUUACAAAGAAGAUCAAGGAGAGCAUGGGUUCUGUUGCGGCCAAAUUAAACUUCCUAACACACAGCAUGGCCCAAGGGAAGAAACAAGGGGCACACAUCAGCAAUGGCGUUCCUGCUCCCAGCACCAACAUUCAAGAUGCUGUCAUCCAUGACCACAGCAUCAAGGGCAAAGUGGUGAUCUAUUAUCUGAGAGUGACCAUUGAUGAUGGCUUUGUCUAUAGUGAAAUGACAUUUGAUGACUUGGAAAUGAUUCACAAGCAGCUUCAGAAACACUUUAUAGAAUCUACUCUGCCUCAGUUCCCUAGCUGGUACAUGAUGUCAUUCACGCCAAACAGGAAGGUGUCUCAGUUGAAUAAAUACCUGAAACAGCUUUUUGAAGGCCCCUGCAAGGGAAAUGAAUUUGUGUGCAGCUUGUUCUUGGACGGACCCAUGAGGGAGAUUCAAGAAAAUGUGGCAACAGAGGACUGUCCUGAAAUCCAGCUGUACAUUUCCUACACGGGGCGUAAGCUCUCGGUCUUGGUGAAACAUCUCAAGAACAUCAAGACUGCAAACGGCUCUAAUCCUGAUGCGUACGUGGUCACAUGCCUGAGACCAGACCCCCAUGGGCAAUCCAAGAGGAAGACUAAAGUGGUGCGAAAUAAUGACAACCCCACCUUCAAUGAACUGUUGGAGUACACUAAUGUGCCCCUGCUGUACGGCAUGGUGCUGGAGGUGAGCGUGAAGAGCAAAAAGACUUUUGUGGCUGCAACAAACAUCAAACUGGAGGACGAGCUGCUCAACAAGGAGACCUGGUUUACACUCGGAAACUGCGCCAUCUAACCUCAGAUGCGCUAAAGCCCUGCUGCCAGAAGGGGGUGCAACCACAAUGAGAAACUCUUUGCUUUCAAAGCACAAUCAGGUUUGAAAAAUACGCCGAGGAUGGAAUUACAAAGCGGAAAGACGGCCUCAGGUAAGUCAGGAGUCACGGCGCCGCUGUUCAAAUGACAAUGUUGGAAAUGUUUUUCUGACUGGCUCUCAUUCUGAAGGCAUUUGAUUUCACUCGUGGAAAUGACAACACACACAUACAGUACAAUCCUGCAGAAACUCAGAGUAGCUCGGUGUCCCAAUACUUUGUAUCCACCGGUAGUACUCAUGCAUGCAAGAUGUUAGCGACUCCACUGUGCUCCAUCAGUGGCUUCUCCCCGAUUGACUGGGUGACACCCCUCAUCCACCCACACCUUGUCAAUGCCCAGGCAGGUCCAUCUUGAUAGCAUCCUCCUGUCUCUCAUUUACCCGAUUUAGUGAUGAACCAGGACAGAAAUAGACUGGAUUGAGUUCAAUAAUGUAUACCUCCGUGAAUGCUAUUUAUAUUAUUCCCUUCAGGGUUUCUCACGUGGGAGGGAAGCAGGAAAAAAAAAUACCGAGCGCCGCUCUUUCAUAGUGGUGCUUUAGUGGAGUGUUACUGUACCCUGGCAUCACUUGGUAGGUCUCAGCCCAUGUUAAAAAAAAAAAAAAAAAAAUUGCAUUUAUUGUUCAGAGCGGGAAACGACUUUGCUGGCAUUAACUGAACUUGCAUCAAAUAUUCAUUUUGUCACAGGAAAGUAGAGUCUCACUGGGGGGGGAUUUUUCAGUUCUAGACGAGCUGCUUUUCUGUGCUUUCCAGCCCUGUUGGAGU